UUUUACUUGUUUGUUGUUUUUGGAUACUAAGAAAAACACACUAUAUAAGCUGAUACCAUCUAAAAACUGAUACAAAAUAUAAUGAUCUGUUCGUCAAUUUCGGUUCUACACGAGUUGUCUGACCAGGCAUAUGCGUUACCAGUGUCCAAUAUUAUAUUUUUCAUAAACAUAGUUGCAGAUUACUUUUUGGUUCAGUACGGUAAGUGAGCAAUUUUUUCAGAAGAAUGACUGUUAACAGGCAAAUAAUUUAAGUUCACAAACGACCUGUUGACUACGCAACAUGUAUUGUAUUUUUUUCAAAUAUAAUGUGUUAAUUCUCAGUGAGGAAAGGGCCCUCAGUUGGAAGAAAAGACCCCUGCCCAUCAUCAGCCCCGAAUUUUCGUAAUAAAACAAAUUUAAAAAUACAGUAUAUUUUGGGCAUAAUACUGUACGUGCUAACACGUUUCAUGAGCUUCAAAUUCCUCAAAAUUGCCUAGAUUAUAGUCAUCGAUAAGAGAUUAAUUAUUGUUUACAGAUGAAGUGUGAGGUGGACAUAUAGUCAUAUGCACUUACAACAUACUUUUGAUACACUGAUAUUUUUAAUAUUAAAAUACAAAAAAUAUUAAUUCGUAACCUCUCUUAGAAAAAGUUAAAUUUGUAAUUUAGUAAGUUUUUGAGCAUCCAUGAAAACUGACAAUUCAUCUCGCUUGUUUUCCAGAUUCCAUUCAGGUUUGAAUCAUUUCUCAGAAGCAUGAGUGGAAGUACACUAGAAUAUAUGAUGGCAACUGUCAGCAUAAUUUUAUUAAUAAUAUACACGGCUUUGGGCACUUUUGGAAAUAGCAUGACGCUGAUUGUGGUGUGGCGCAUCCCAACUCUCUCAACCCCAAUCAACUUUUUCAUCAUCAAUCUUGCUAUCGCUGAUCUUAUAAUUUCUAUAAUCGUCAACCCACUUUAUAUCAUCACAAUUAUUUAUAACAAAUGGCCGUUUGGUGGCAUGCUGUGCAAUGUUGUUAGGUUCUUGACAAUAUGGAGUUGUGUUUGUUCCGCGCUAAACUUGGCUGCUAUUGCAUACAACCGGUACGUAUGUAUACUGAAACCAUCUCGCUAUACAGAGAUCUUUACCAAGAAAAGAACCCUCUGGAUGUGUUUCGCAGUGUGGGGAUUUGCUUUUCUCCCGGUUCUAGUCCCUGCCAUUGCGAUUGGCAGUCGAGGUUACAACGACCAGUCCACAUCGUGCAGUGCUAAUAGGUCAGAUGAUGCAGAUUAUUGGAAAUACUUCACCACAGUGUUGUUAAUUAUUGUUAUUAUUAUUGCGUCGAUAAUUGUUUUCUGCUACGUAAAAAUUAUCCGUAAGGUGAGUGCCAGUAUGAAAACAACAAGAUCUAGUAAGCUACAGAGGGGGGAUACAGGCAGGGUUUCGGCAAAACUACUAAAUAAUAGGAAAAAGGAAUACAACCUUGCCAAAAACAUAAUGGUCGUCUCCACAACGUUCAUGAUCUGCUGGGCACCGAUGUGCUUCGUAUCAAUUGCUAGGGUCAGCGGUGCCAUCAUUCCACAACAGCUUUGGCAAGUCACGGUAUUGCUAAUUCUUUUGAAUUCAGCGAUCAAUCCAAUAAUUUAUGCGUGGAGAAAUAAAUAUUUUAGAAAAGCAUACCUUCAAACCCUAUGUAAACGAACUACCACUGCAAAUGUACAAACGUAA